UAAGAAAAACAAAUAAAAACAUCUGUUUACCUCACAAAUAGGUAAUUUAUUGGUAAACAAUCAAGCGAUCUAAAAAAAUGUCUCUGAAGCUAUCAGAUUCUGUGUUAAAAGGUCUUCAACAACUGGGCACAGAAAUUAGUAUGGAUAUAUCGAAGAAACUAAUAACAAACUCACUCAAGCAUACACUCUCUCCUGAAUCCAGUGUCCCAUCAGUACCAGAUAUCUAUGCUGCGAAUGCUGACAAAGCAAAGCUUAGUGAAUAUGCUGUGGUAUCUCUAUUAGUUGUGGCAACAAAACAUUGUUAUGAGGCAACUGCUUUACGUACAUAUUUGGAGAAAAACGAAGUACAACCAAUUAUCUUAGAAGAACUGGUAACCACAUAUGAGAAUCAUCGAGAGGAGUUAACCAUACGUCAACUGCAACUUGGUAGUGAUUUCCCACACAUAACUGAUGUACAAUGGCGAAUAAUGGCAGAUGUUCGAUCAUCUACUUCAGAUUGCAGUUCAGGCGAGUUGAAUUUUCAUGUGAAUCUGGGGCGUUAUAAUGAAAGUAAUGGAGCGCGAGAAACUAUUGUCGAAUUCGUAUGUAGCACCGAGGAAUUACAGUUGCUAAUUAAUAAGUUAAAAGAGAUAGAACGACACUGUGAGAAAGUGGCAAAUUAAAGUGUGAAUAUAUAAAUCGGAGAACCAUAUGUAAAUGUUCUUGUAUUAAUUUAAAUAUAUAUGACGUGUAUUUAUGUAGGUGACACCAUAACGAAACGAAAAAAA